AUGGCUGGUGAGAAGUGUUUAGCCAGGCCCAUGUUAGGUCGCACGCGUCUUUGGAUUAGCCGCCGUGUUUACAGACUCCGUAAAACUUUGCCGGUCGUCUCCCGUAUGAGUGGGAUAUAUUAUGGUAUGAUGGCGGUGAGAAUGGUAGCCAAGGCCCAGUGUGAGGUCGAACGCGUCUUUGGGUUUAGCCGGCGGGUUGACAGACCCCCGUACGUGGCCGGGUGCGUCCCGAGUAUGGUGGGAGAUAUGAUGGUGUGA